AAAAGUAAGCGAAAGUGCAGAGAAGAGUGGAUAAGACAACAUUAAAUUUCAGAGGCCGAGAGAGAAAGGAACCAUGGCGGAAGCUGGUUGCUUCUCCUUCGUACCAGAAGACGUCGUCUUCAACAUCUUCUUCAAGCUCCAAGACGAUCCUCGAAACUGGGCUCGCCUCGCAUGCGUCUGCACCAAAUUCUCCUCGAUCGUACGGAACGUCUGCUGUAAAUCUCUGUGCUACUCUUCAAUCCCCGCCGUCGUCUCCGAACUCCUCCCUUCUCCCUCCGCCGCUUCAUCCUCCUCCUCUCUGUCUCCUCCCGGCGGCUGGGCUUCUCUCUACAAACUCGCCGUCUGCUGUCCCGGUCUCCACCACGCCGGAAUCCUCCUCGAAAACUCCGAUUUCGGUUUAGAACGCGAGCUCGGUCCCGAUCAAAGCCUCACGGAUCCGGGCCAAGUUUCUAAACCAGUCGGAUCUGGUUUAGAAACGCCGUCGUUUCGGUCUGCUUCGAAACUAAACGGAUCUGGUUUAGAAACGCCGUCGUUUCAGCCUGCUUCGAAACAAAACGGAUCUGGUUUAGAAACGCCGUCUCUUCAGCCUGCUUCGAAACAAACCGGAUCCGGUUUAGAAACGCCGUUGUUUCAGCCUGCUUCGAAACAAAUCAAAUCUGGUCUAGAAACGUCGUCGUUUCAUGGUUCGAAACAAAUCGGAUCUGGUUUAGAGCCAACGUCGCCGUUUCAGUCUGUUUCGAAACAAGUCGAAUCUGGUUUAGAAACGCAGUCGUUUUGGUCGCUAUACGACGACCUCUACACUGACACUCUCUCGGCUCCGCCAGAAGAUUCCCUCAACGAACCACAACAACCCACCGAAACCACCGAGAUCCGACCCGGCCGCGGCGACCUCCCAGCCAAGAAACGCCGCAAGAUCUCUCGUUCCCUCGGAUCCCACCUCGCUCACGGAGGCUGGAGCCUCAGCCGCGAGCAAGGCACCAAGCUCCUCGCGAGCAGGUUCCGCGGGGACUGUCUGUACAUAUGCAACUGGCCAGGGUGCACCCACGUGGAGGAGAAGCGUACCUACAUGCUGUUCAGGGGCGUGUUCAAGGACUUCAAGAGGUCUAGAGUGUGGAGGACGAUCAACGAAGACGGCGGCGGGAGGAGUAAGGUCACGGGGUUGAAGUGCGCGUUUUGCGAGUGCGACGAGACGUGGGAUAUGCACUCGUCGUUUUGUUUGAGGAGAGUGUUUGGGUUUCAUGAUGAUGGUGAGCCUGUUGUGAGGGCUUAUGUCUGUGAGAAUGGGCAUGUCUCUGGUGCUUGGACGAAUUUGCCUCUCUACACUUAAAAAAGGUAAAAGGUCUUGUCUGAAUGUCUUUUUAUUGUUUGAUGCUUUGUAGGAAACUGUGAUCGUUUGUGUUGUUUGAUCCUAAUGUAUGUAUAAGAAACGAGAUUCAGUUUCAUCUUUAAUUGUACGGUUGUGUUUUAUCUACAAUUUGCUUUGUAGGAACCGUUAGCGUUUGUGUUGUUGAUUAUGAUUCAUGUAUAAGCUCUUACGUUGACAAAAUUAAUGUGGUGGUUUUUUAUAUGAAAUGGGAUUCACUUUCAUUUUUAUCU